AUGAGUAAGCAGAAGACGAUUUUGGACUUUUUCAAGGCGAAGACGCCAAUAAUCGAACGGAAAGAUGAGAAGAAGCCACGACAUCGACGUGCGAAGGCGAUCAACGAUGGGAAUGGCCUCGACCGUUUUUUCAAAGUAACACUUAAUAUGUCACCGGAUGCGGUGACUCGUCGUGAGAAGUUGAAAGAGGAGAUGCGUCAACAGUUGUUGAAGAUCAAAAGUGAGAAGGAGAAGCAAUUAGCACUACUUCAAGCGAAGAGAGAAGCUCGGAAGAAGAAGCGAGCAUUGAAAGGAGUUGACAAGGAGAGUGACUUAGAGAACUCUGAGGAAGAGAAUAUGGAAGUCCGUAUGAGGGAAGUGAAGUACUCUGAGAAUGAUUAUGGGACGGAGAUAUGCAAGCACUUGUUUUUAGGGAGUGCAAUGGCGGCUUCCAAUAUCGAAUGGCUAGAGGAAGAGAACAUUCAUUAUAUCAUCAAUGUGACUCCGGACGUCGUCUGUACUUUUGACCCACAUGAAAAUCCCAAUUUCAAGCUGGAAGACUUUGAAAAUGUGACGGAGAAGAAGUACUUACGAAUUCCCAUCAACGACGAUUUUAAUGUAAAAAUCGAUAAUUACUUCGAGUGUACCAAAAUGUUUAUAGACAGUGCUCGAGAGAAAGGGGAGAAUGUCUUAGUUCACUGUUUAUUAGGUCGUAGUCGGAGUGCUUGUAUAAUAGCUGCUUAUAUCAUGCAGACCUAUAAAGUAAAAUACACAGACGUCUUAAAUUUGUUUAAGAAGCGAGAUUAUUACGUUCAAAUUAAUGAUGGGUUCUAUGGUAAAUUGAUGGAACUUCAGAGUACAAUUUUCAAUGAACCCGUCAACAUUAGAAAAACAAGAAGAAAUGUUUCGCAGAAUAGUCAGACGGAUACUAUCAACAAAAUCGUCAGCGAACUCAAUUGA